CGCAUAAUCCGAGCACUGUUGCUUGAAUCAACGUGAAAAAGUAGUGUUCGAAGUUCAGUUCGUGAAAAAACUAUAAAAUAGCCCUAAAAACUUUCUAUUUCCUUGUAAAACAAGAGAAAUUAUAUUCCGAUUACGCGGCUACUUUGGAAUAGCGUGAAAUUCUAACGUUCAAGGCGCCGAAGCUGUGUUUUUCUUCGUUCACCGAGGUUAUGUUCGCGCGUUUUCAUUACUGAAGGAAGGAGAAAGUUGCAACUGAAAAAAAAAACCAAAACAAAGGUGGUAUCGAUUGGGAAGUUUUGAUUGUGAAGCGAGUCUUUUGGAUCGACCAUGUUUGGUCCCAAGCAGGGAGGAUUCGGUCAGGCAAGUGCUGCCGGCGGCUUCGGCUCUUUCGGAACCAACACGGCGACGGCCAGUCCGUUCGGUCAGACGAACACCUUCGGAAAACCAGCGACGACGGGAACAUUCGGGGCUGCAACCGCCUUUGGCCAGCAGGCCACACCUUCGCUAUUCGGCCAAGCACAACCGGCCGGAGGAGGCCUAUUCGGUGCCAACACUACUGCGGCGCCCGCCUUCGGGGCACCGGCCACCACCCAGUCGGGUUUCGGAGCUUUUGGGCAGCCUCAGCAGCAAGCCACGUCUUUGUUUGGCACUCAAAAUAACACAGCGCCGAAUACGUCUUUGUUUGGAAGCAACAAUAACAACUCCGCUUUUGGAGCGGCUAAACCGACUGGGUUCGGAGGAUUUGGCCAACCAGCGGCCCAGACGUCGUUAUUUGGCCAAGCAAGCACCAGUCAAACCACGACAGGAGGGUUUUUCGGACAACCAGCCCAAAGCGGGGGCUUGUUUGGAGCCCAGAAGCCUGCAUUCGGAGCAGCUACUCCGAUUGGUGCGGGAAAUGGAACGGCGGUGGUCAAAUAUCAACAAACGGCCUCUACGGAUACGUUGGUCAAAAAUGGUCAAACGACAACCGUUCAGACUAAGCAGCACUGUAUCACGUUUAUGAAGGAGUAUGAAAACAAGUCAGUUGAAGAACUGCGAAUCGAGGACUAUCAGGCCAAUCGCAAAGGGCCGCAGGCUGGUGCGGCCGGAGGAUUCUUUGGAGUGCAACCAGUGGCCACACCGUUUGGAACAGCUGCAUCUCAACCGCAGUCAUUGUUCGGGCAGAAUACGACGUCUCAACCGAGUACGGGUUUAUUUGGAAGCACGACCAAUACGUUUGGACAGUCUACGGCACCGGCCUUCGGAUCAACUCAAGCAACUGCCUUUGGUAAAUCAUUUGGAACCACGGCCACAACUACCAGCUUUGGAUUCGGACAAACCAACACAAGUACUUUGGGAGGACUCACGGCCAAUAAACCGGCAUUUGGUGCAUCGACAACCGGAUUAUUUGGUCAAACGGCACCUCCAGCUACUAAUACUUUUGGUCAAUCCACCUUUGGAGGUUUUGGAACGCAGAGUCAGACUCAGCCGACUGGAGGUUUAUUCUCUGGAACUACUACGAGUACAGCUGGUGCUACUCCGUUUGGAGGUUUAGGAGCACAAACAACGCAACCUGGGUUCGGCUUUGGGUCAACCACGGCAACUAAUACAACGGGAGGAAGUUUAUUCGGCGCUAAACCAGCGAACACAUUUGGUACGCUUCAGAGCUCGUUCGGACAAAAUCCGACAUCGACGGCCCCAUCGUUUGGUGGAUUUGGCACAACCACCAACACCGGAGGUUCUCUUUUUGGAAGCACAUUCAACAAACAGGCAGCUCCGGGUUUUGGUAUUAACACAGCCACCUCAACGGGAACCUUCGGAGGCGGUUUGAACUUUGCCGCAGGAUCGGGAUCUCUUUUCGGAAACACGGCCAAUAAACCUGGCGGCAUUGGCACUGGAACAGGUCUUUUUGGGAACACUUCCACUCUUGGAACAGGAACUGGUGCCUUCGGUUCUCUCGGCACCGGAGGUUUUGGUACAGGACUCGGUACUAACAUGGGAAUGGGAGUCGUUGGACAACCCACUCAAGCCGCGGUUCCCAUCCACCAACAGAUUCUAGCCAUGGUCACGUCCCCGUAUGGUGAUAAUCCUAUUUUCAAAGACAUAAAACCUCUGACCGGAGCCACGGCUGAAUCACUUAAACCGACAAAUCCAACAGCUCAGAAGGCAAUACUCGAAGGUGCCAAUCAACAGUUCAAAGUUUCCCCCAAAGUCGCCGGGAGUGGUGUUCGCGUGAAGCCCGUUGGGGCAGCCACUCUCUCGAAGAAGUCGUUAUUCGAAGGACUCGAAGAGUAUGACAGCACCUUAGAGGAAUCUUUCUCGCUCAAACCAAACGCCAAACGUCUGAUCAUCAAACCGAAAGCUUCUACACCGACCAUCACGAUUCAAAAUCGUGCAGGACAGCCAAACUCAAUUAACGAUUCCAUCGUUAAAGAAGAUCAUGCCCCCAGAGAAUCGUUUCACAACCAAAUCCCGGUUCAUCCGGUCGAGAGUAACAACCAGGACACGAGUCGCCGCGUUUCUUGGCUCCAGUCAAACGCUCUGGAUAAGGUCCGACAGAACAAUCGCCUCUCGGAAACGGUUCUGGAAACAACCAUCAAAGAAUUCGCCCCAUCGUCUGCUGCGCAAUCGCUCGUCAAAGAGAACACAUCCAUUGAUUCCGGAUCUUCACCGAGUGGAUCGGGCGGCUCAAUCGUCGGCCUGCAGCAACCGGCCAGUGGCGCUGGAGGUAAAGGCGAGGAUGCUGGCCGAGCAGCUAGCAGUGGAAGUUCGCCGAUCAACAUGAACGAUUCGCUGCUUUCGACGAGCAACCGGUCGUUCCUGAAUGACACCACAGCCAAUGCCACCGGAAUAGGCGAUCUUUCGCUGGCGUCCAACAGCAUCCAGGAGGAGGCAGAACCGCACCCUACGGGAAUCGUGUUGCGUCGUCCGGGCUAUUACACCAUUCCCUCGCUGGAUGACAUCCUGCAGUUGAUGGACGAGGAAGGCCGUUGCGUUGUGCCAAACUUCACCAUCGGACGGAAAGGCUACGGUAAUGUGUACUUCAACGAGUUGAUUGACGUGGCCAAUUUGAAUCUGGACGAGAUUGUCCACUUCCGUCACAAGGAGGUGAUCAUCUACCCGGACGAUGAGAACAAGCCCCCGGUUGGGCAGGGUCUUAACCGCAAAGCACAGAUCACGCUCGAUCAGGUGUGGCCCCAUGAUAAGGCCUUGCACGAACCGAUCAAGGAUCCGCAACGUCUGGCGCGGAUGGAUUAUGAGGGAAAGCUACGCCGCGUGUGCGAUAAACAUGACACCAGAUUCCUAGAGUACCGCCCUGACACGGGAAGCUGGGUGUUCAAAGUGGAACAUUUCUCCAAAUACGGACUGAGUGACAGCGAUGAGGACGAGGUGCCUGUGGAUCCGAAAAAGGCUAAGAUGAUCGGUGCCGGAGACGAUAAGCAUGGUAAAGAAAAGGGAGCCAUCCCAAAAAUGUCGCUGGGAGCCACAGGAUUGAUCAAUCGGGAAAAGGUCGUUGGCCAAGAGGAACUAAGUUAUACGAUGAUGGUUGCGGAUAAUUUGGCACCGACCAGUCCAACAGCCGCAUUGGCUCUUGGGAUGGGUACGGAUUCACACAAGUUGCAGCUGAUGAAGGCUUCAUUUUUCGUGGAUGAUGAUUUCGACCGUAGGUCCAUAAUAUCGGAUAUGACCGAUGGUGGCCGAGACAGUCCCGAUCAGAUGGUUCCCAACAAGCCGUAUUUCGGACUCGGGAGAAACCUCGCCAGUAGCUUGUACAUGAGAAACGAGUCACCAAAAGUAACAGACGUUGAAUCCAUUCAGAUGGAUGAUUAUGGAACUCCAGCGCCACUUUUCACAACAUCUACGAGUAAAAACUUCCAGGAACAACAAAAAACCAAGCUUGCCAUUUUUUCGGAAAUCCCUCGUCCGAUCGGACCAAAAUCACUCCCCUUGAUCGUCAAGCCCCAAGUGGAAUUGGUUCAUUCGAACAGCAUCGUAAUACCUCUCCAAAAAUCCGUACUCGCCAGAUUUCUGAACAACAAAUCGGAUCUGGCAUUCUUCCAUGGGCGCAAAUUCAAGGUCGGUUGGAGCUUCCCUUCAGCUUUGGUUCAGCUAAACACGGUUGAAAAUUGCGCUUCCCUCAAAAGGGACCAAACAAUGCAUAUUGGCGAUCUGCAUCGUUUCUUCGCGGGACGUACCAGCAAUGACUACUCCCCGGCUGCACUGCAAAUGCUCAGCAUCCGAUCGUCUGACGAAAUUCCCCAAUUCACUAAAACCGUAGAAGCGCAUCUAAAGAUUCAGCUGAAGUACGACACUGUUCGUAAGGUUCCUGGCAGUGAUUGUCCGCAUUACGUGGCCAAUGGAAAACAUGCAGCGCUCGCUGAUCAUUUGGAUAUGGCCCGAUUGAUUGCCACCGGUGGUACCUUUGAGGCUCUUUGCGUAGAGGUUUGGCAACUGUGCGCCGCACUGUGGGGAGCCCGCGAAGAGCUGGAAGACGUUGAAGAAAGCGCUCACAUGAGCAUCAUGUUCCGACGCGAUCUGUUUUCCGAGUGGAUUGAGGAGGUCGUUACCGAUAUUAGCUCCAAGGAGGUGACAGCAACGUUGAAAGGCAAAAAACAGGAUUAUCUUGAUCAAUUACUAGAGCUGAUUUGCACCCACAAAGUUCUGGAUGCAUGCGAGCUAGCAUUCGAAAAUAACGACAUCAAUCUCUCGAUGCUAUUGGCCCAGAUAUCCGGGGGACCAACGGUUCGUCAACUCGUGCAGCAUCAGCUGAGCUCUUGGCAGGACGUUGAAGCGGAUAAGUUCAUUGACUCGCGUCGGCUUAAACUUUUUAUGCUCAUCGCUGGGAUUCCGUUGUUAUCCUCAACGCACGGAGCAAUCAACAUCUUCGAAAACCUUGGAUGGCUGAAAGCACUCGCUCUACAUCUCUGGUACCUUUGCUCACCAACGGCCUCCAUCACCGAUGCUCUCAUCAACUACGAAAAGUCCUUCGAAUCAAGUGAAUUCUUCGCUCUACCACCAACACCAGCGUAUGCUCCGCGAGUCAAACUUGACAGUCCUAAACCAAUCCACGACAUCCGGUUCCAUCUCCUAAAACUAUACUCCAAGCGUUCCCACCCGUUGGAGUCUCUACUGAACCCCGUCACUCACACGCCAGAUCCGCUCGACUUCCGUCUAUCGUGGUUCUUGCUCCAAAUAUUAGAAACACUCGGAUACCGGCACUGUUCGGAACUGUCCCGAAGUCAACUGCACGUAUCGUUCGCCAGUCAACUGGAAAAUCACGGUCUGUGGCAUUGGUCGAUAUACGUUCUGCUGCAUCUGAGUGACCGAUCACGGCGGGAGUUAGCCAUCCAGGAUCUGCUCUAUCGGUACAUACAACUGACCACGGACAACGACGAGCAGGACGAGGAAUACCUCCAACGGGAGCAGUUCAUCGUCGGAGAAUUGGGCAUUCCGGAGAGCUGGAUCUUCUGGGCUAAAGCUGUACGGGCUGGAUCGCGGUUCGAUUAUCAUCAACAGGCACGGUUUCUGCUGAAGGCCAAGCAGUGGUCCCAAGCGCACGAGGUCAUCAUGGAACACAUCGCGGCGGAUUGCGUGAUCAAUGACGAUAUUCCAUACUUGAAGUCACUGCUAAAUGAAUUCGAGGACGUCAAACAAAUUUCCAACUGGUCCAUCAAGGGUCAAAUUUUGAAGGAUUUUAUCGAGCUGAACGAGAAAUUCGACCUGAUCCGGGACGCAAUCGACGAUGAGGUGGCCGAGGUCCGUCUCGAGGAGCUAAAGCCCAAGUUGUCUGACCUUUGCUCGGUGAUAAAAAUGUUCCCCUGUCCAACGCCGAAACAUCGGCUGUGCCAGAGCGAAAUCGCCCAGCGGUUAGCGUACCUGAUAAGAUCGUUCUUCGCGCAGGAUCCCCGUAUCAACAGCUGUGCGCUGAUAAGAAGCGCACUGGAGAAGCUGCCCCUGCCACAGGAAUACGCCAAAGAGGAAUUGCGGCACAUGCUGAGUGCGUUCCUGGUGGAGGACCUUCGGAAGCAGCAGUAAGAGGACUGAGGUUAGUCGAAUACGUAGGUUUUUAUUCGGUGGAUCGCAACGAGAUAAAAAUGAGGACAACUAAACUAUGCAGGUUAUUCGAGAUAGAGUAUUUCUUAAUUCACUUGUUCAACUACAAUUCAAAUAACAAUUAUGCAUCUGGUUGUUGUUUCACGAGCACGCAUAUACCUUUAAUUAUCUAAUUAUGGCAACAGAAACGUACAAUAGUUUAAAAAGAAGAUAAAGUUUACAGCGCAUUAUUAUAACGUUA